ACUUUAUUUAAUCAUUCAAUGGUGAUAAAAGGGAAGGUCUCUAUCCUUCACAUUCCCUCCCAACACCCCUCCUACUCAUAUGAGCAGCUGCAGCCAUUUCUGUUCAGACACUCCCUUCUAACAUCUAUGCGUAUCUGCUAGUGUUCAUUCAUUUCUGUGAGAAAACUAAGCAAGUUAGCAGUAACCAUGGACAAGCUCGGUGAUGCAGUUACCUGUUUUGCUCUUGACCUCUUCAAGAAAAUAAGUGAAACUAAUGCAGUUGGAAACGUAUUUUAUUCCCCAAUGAGUAUCUGUUCUGCACUUGCAAUGGUUUUUGUAGGAGCCAGAGGUUCCACUGAAUCCCAGAUGAAAAAGCAAUUUCUAGAAUCUACCGCAAAAUUUUAUCAGGCAACCUUAUCUCCUGUUGAUUUUAUUGGUGCAUUUGAAGAAGCCCGGGAACAGAUUAAUAAAUGGGUAGAAGGCCAAACAGAAGGGAAGAUCCAAGACCUGCUGGCUAGUGGAACGGUCAACAGUCUUACACGAUUAGUGCUUGUUAAUGCCAUCUAUUUCAAAGGAAGCUGGGCUGAGAAAUUUGAUGAAGGAGCAACACAAGACAUGAAGUUCAGACUUAAUAAGAAUGAAACAAAACCAGUGAAAAUGAUGUACCAGAAGAAGAAGUUUCCAUUUCGAUAUAUUCCAGAAAUGAAUUUGAGAGUUCUAGAGCUUCCUUACAAAGGCAAGGAUCUAAGCAUGAUUGUACUCCUGCCAGAUGAUAUCAGUGAUGAUUCCACUGGCUUAAAGCAGCUAGAGAAGGAGCUCAGCAUGGAAAAGAUUAAGGAAUGGACUUCACCAGAGUACAUGGGUCACAUUGAUGUUCAUGUCCAUUUGCCCAAGUUCAAGCUGGAAGAUAAGUACGACUUAGAAUCGACCCUAGCUGAAAUGGGGAUGUCUGAUCUUUUCGAUGGAAGCAAGGCUGACCUGUCUGGAAUAACAGGAAAGACUGAUCUGCACAUCUCCAAAGUUGCACACAAGUCCUUCAUCGAAGUUAAUGAAGAAGGCACUGAAGCAGCAGCUGCUACAGCUGGGAUUGCAAUGUUCUGCAUGUUUUUAGAAGAGAAUUUUACUGCUGAUCAUCCAUUCUUAUUCUUCAUCCGACAUAACCAAACCAACAGUAUCUUGUUCUUUGGCAGGUUUUCCUCUCCUUAAAUGUUGUCAGAACGGAAAUAAAAUAAACUUUUUAAAUUAA